UAAUUAUUUAGUUGAUGAAUGGAAUAAUUCAUGGCAAAAGUAGAAAAAGUAAAUAAAACAGUGGUGACAGAAUUUAUCCUCUUAGGAUUCAAGACACUUCCUGAAUGGCAGACUCUCCUCUUUGUUAUAUUUUUAGCAAUCUACAUAGUGACAAUGUUUGGAAAUAUCCUUAUAACUGCAAUAGUCCUAACCAAUAAUCAUCUUCACAAGCCUAUGUACUUUUUCCUGGGAAAUUUGUCUCUUUUAGAGAUAUGCUACAUCUCAACAAUUCUCCCUAGAAUCUUGGUAAGUUUUAUGAGUGACUAUCAUGGGAUUUCUUUUAGUGGGUGUUUCCUCCAGCUCUAUUUCUUUGGUUCUUUUGCUUGCACUGAGUGUUAUCUCUUAUCAGUGAUGUCUUAUGACAGAUAUGUAGCAAUAUGUAAACCACUGCAUUAUGUGGCUAUCAUGAAGAGUAAGUUAUGUGUUCAACUAUCCUUUGCUCCUUGGAUACUUGGUGCUGUGCUUCCUGCAUUUACAACCUUCCUUGCAUCUCAGCUGAAUUUUUGUGGCCCCAACGUAAUUGACCAUUUCUUCUGUGAUUACACACCAUUGUUAAUGCUCUCCUGUAGCGAAACCCAACAGGCAGAAGCACUGAUGUCAGUCUUGGGAUCGGCAUGCAUCAUGCCACCAUUGAUCCUGACCUUUACUUCCUACAUUUGCAUAAUCUGUACCAUUUUGAAAAUCCCUUCAAACAGUGGCAAGAAGAAAGCAUUUUCUACCUGCUCCUCUCAUCUUAUCGUAGUCACAAUUUUCUAUGGGACCCUAACUAUGGUGUACAUGUUACCGAACACUGACACACUGGGGGAUCUGAAUAAAAUCUUUGCUGUUUUCUACACCAUCCUGAUUCCCAUGUUCAAUCCCUAUAUCUACAGCCUGAGGAACAGAGAGUUCAAGGACGCUGUUAGAGAAGUAUUCAGCAAACUUGUACCUAUGGGAAGAAUUCAAGGAAUCUAA